AUGGAAGAGGAGAAAAACAAGGAGUUGGUUGCACUGGCAGAAGAAAAGGAAAAGAUGAGGGAACAAAAAAUGGCGAAUGAAUCUAAGGAAGCAGAGCUAGCAAUGAUGCAGGCGAAGAUACGAAUGGAAGAGGAGAAUAACAAGCAGGUGGCUGCACUGGCGGAAGAAAAGGAAAAGGUGAGGGAACAAAAGAUGGCGAAUGAAUCUAAGGAAGCAGAACUAGCAGCCAUGCAGGAUAAGUUACAAAUGGAAGAAAAGUUACGAAUGGAAGAGGAGGAAAACAAGCAGUUGGCUGCAUUGACGGAAGAAAAUGAAAAGUUGAGGGAACAAAAUAUGGUGAUUGAAUCUAAAUUCCUCGCUGAAGCAGAGCUAGAAGUGUUGCAGGUGAAAUUUCAAAUGGAGCAGGAGAAAAAUAAGCAGUUGAUCGCACUGGUGGAGGAGGAGAGUCGGCUCAAGGAACAGCAUAGGAAUGAGCCUAAAAAGACAGGCGUGGUCUACGCAAGGAAUCUUUGCAUCGAGUGGGGGCAGGAUAGCAGAUAUUGGUCAUGGGUUACUCUUCAGUACGACAUAUCAAGCAAUGCACUCGUUGAAGCUGCCGCGCUUUUAGGAGUUUGUUGGUUAGACGUGGGCGGGACGUUUGACACGAGAGAACUUACACCAUGGACACAUUACGAGGUCGUGUUCGUGAUGAAGUUAAGAAAAUCAGCUUCUGGAUGGGAGGUACCGGUGCACAUGAAGCUCGUCAUGCCCAACAGUAUGCCAGGACCGGAAGAGCGGAUUGUGAAGUUGAAGGACUAUAUAGGGAAAGGGUGGGUAACUAUUCUGGCCGGUGAGUUCUUGACGACGCCAGAGUAUCUCGGAGAGAUCAGGUUCUCUAUGUAUGAGACCAACCGUUGGCAGGAAGGGCUCAUUAUCAAAGGUGUUAUAAUUCGUCCCAAAAAUUAA